AGCGGCAGUGAUGGGAAGUACUUUGAGAUGGUCAUCAGUUGAGUACAACAGCGGCAGUCAUGGCAAGAACAAAGAGAAACUGGUUGGAGACUUACGUGGAGGGUUGGGUGAUGGGUGUGGGCCGGCACGCCAGUCUGGUUGUUCUGGUGAUGGGAACGAGGAUGGGAACGACACUGCUCAUAUGGACGAGCCCCACCAUGACGAGGACGAGAGCGUGAACCUGCUGAGUUGUUUCUGCCAGGUAUUGCAGAUUUGCCAGCAAUUGCAACUGCAGACGUCCCUGUGGUGGAGCUUCCAGCUACAGCAGUUGCAUUUGCAGCGGAAGAGG